AUGGACAAUGCCUGCGACCUCGCCGCCGGGCCGUCGCUGCAGGUGACGGAGGAGGAGGUGGCUCCUGCCGUGGCCGUGCAGCCGGUGCUGCCCGAUGGCGACGUCGUCGUCGACACGGCUGCAGUGGACGACGUCGAGGAUGGAGAUGGUGAUGAGGAGGAUGAGAGUGACGACGACGAGCAAGUCGUCGAGCGCCGCCCUGUCCGCCCGGAGUAUUACGACAGCGACGACGGGCUGUCCCGCCAGAUGUACGACGAGAGCGGCGACGAGGACGACGAGCCGGUGAAGGUGAGGGACGGCGAGCCGGCGGAAAGGGCUGAGAUGCCGCUGGUCCCGGGGCCGUUCGUGCCGGAAGGGAGGUCUGUUUGCCCGGCGCGGUUCGCCGCCGUCGGGUCCACCGCCGGCUUCAUGAGGGUCGCCGUCGUCGAGGGGGACGACGACCCGGCCGGCGGGCAACAAGAGAUCGUGGUGCUCUACCGCUACACCCGCUACUCGAGGACAUGGAGCGGGAGUAGGGGCGUGGAGAUGUCCAGGAGGAUGAAGCUGCACCAUGUCCGGUUCAUCGUCUCGCCCACCGCCGACCUGGCGAGCUCGCUUCCAAUGGCCGGCUCCUCGCUGGCUCCGAUGAUCUACCCCUUCUUCUUCAAGCAGGAGCUCCGCGAGCUGUGGUCAACCCUGGUGGCGCCGGUGAACAUCCCGCCGGGAGCCACGCGCUUGCAGGUGUCCGUCGAGGUGGGCAUCCUCCGGCCGUUCGACCGCACGCCGGAGCGCAUGGAGUACAUGCGCCGGGAGCUGGAAACCAAGAAGGCAGCGGCGUGGCCCGGGCACCACUUCGGCCUGGAGCUGAGCCUCCCGGAGCCGGUGCUGUCCGAGAGGGACAUCGGCGACGCGGCGCCGCCGGCGAAGAGGAUGAGGGUGGUGGCUGGGGUCGCCGGGGAGGAGUGCCCCAUUUGCCUCGACGAGCUCGAGGCCGACCUCGUGGCGUGGCCGGGGUGCUCCGUGCCCCAUGUCUUCCAUGGCGAAUGCUUGGAGCUCAAUCUCGAGAACAGCGUCACGUGCCCUAUCUGCAGGCGUGAUCUUGGUAUGAAGAAUCUGUAG